CACAAUCACCACAAUCACCACAAUCAUACAUCUCGGACAACAAACUCACAUAAACCAACAAGUCACCCCUUUAAAUCAUUCAUAAUGAAGUUCACUCUCGUUGUCGCCCUCCUCGUCUCCGCCGUUGCGGCCAUGCCCGCUGCGGCUGACAACGCCAACGCCGAAGUCGAGGUAGCCGGCGACAGCCUCCAGGCCAUGAACUGCGGCUCCGGCCUCUGCCGUGGCAUCCAGGACAGCAGUCUCUGCAACAACCGGUGCCAGAACUGCAGCGGCCCUAGCGGCCCGUACUCUCGUGGAGAGUGCGGCGGCUUCCUCUGGCAGACUUGCCGCUGCUUCUACUAAACAUCUUUUCACGUCUCGUGUGUCGUGUGUCGUGGAAUGAAUGGCAGGAAGCAACCUGGUGGGGGCUGCCCAAUACUUUGGGGAAAAUGGUGACAUGUCAAGGGGAUAAGAUAGGACUUGCUCCUUAGAGUCAACAAUAUAAGGAACAUGCCACCGAA